AACCCUUAUCCAGUCCCAGCACACAGAAAAAGAGUACAAGUAGUAGUCUAGGAUGGUCACGAGGUGUAGAGCACCUCCAUUGCUCUCGCUGAGGAUGAUAUCAUCAGCAUCGUCUUCUUUUCCUCAUACCUUAGACCUCCGAAGAUUUCUCCUUUCCAUCAAACCCUCUUCUCAAACCCCUAAUUCUUCCUCUCACCAACAUCACCUUCCUCCCUUCUCUACAAUCUCUCCUUUUGAUUCUCUCAAAAAGUUACCUCGAAACAUGACUUUCCCCAAGUGCUUCUCUACUUCUGGGGCUGCUGCCACUCCCCCAGUUCCCAUUUUGGACACACCUGAGCUCAAUGACCCAAACCCACUAACAAGUUUAGUGGUGGUUUCUUUCUAUAAGUUUGCUGAUUUUCCUGAUCACGCUGACAUGCGAAAGCCGUUGAAGGAGCUUUGCGAGAGACUGCGUGUUUCAGGUGGUAUCAUUCUUGCACCUGAAGGAAUCAAUGGAAGCAUAUGCGGGACCCGAGAAUCCGUGGAAAAGGUUCUGGACUUCAUCAAAAGUGAUGACCGGCUAAAGGGGCUAAGACAGAUGGAGUCACCUGUCAGUCCUGAGGAGGAAGCUGUCCAUCAUGGACAUAGUAGCAGUUCUCCUCUGGCAGCUGGAGACGAUGCCCCCUUCCGCUGGGAUCAUGUCAGGGUCAAGUUGAAGAAAGAGCAGAUUGUUACUCUUGGAAUGCCAACCGUGUCACCAAUUGAAAGGGUUGGGAAAUAUGUCAAACCAAAGGAGUGGAAUGAAUUGAUUAAUGAUCCAGAUACCGUGGUGAUUGAUGUGCGCAAUAAUUACGAAACUAGAAUUGGGAAGUUCAAAGGAGCAGUAGAUCCUUGUACCGCAUCAUUUCGGGAAUUUCCUUCUUGGGUGGAAAAUCAGUUCCAGCUUUCAGACACAGGUGAGGUGGACCAUUCGGAAGGAAACAAUGACACAGAAGUUAAGAGCCCAAAAGCAAAAAUGCCACGUCGAGUGGCGAUGUACUGUACUGGAGGAAUUCGAUGUGAGAAAGCUUCAAGUUUUCUCCUCAGUAAAGGUUUUAAUGAGGUUUAUCACUUGGAAGGUGGGAUUCUGAAAUACCUAGAGGAAGUUCCAAAAUCUGAGAGCUGGUGGGAGGGUGAGUGCUUUGUUUUUGAUAAGCGAGUCGCUGUGGAGCAUGGUCUGCAACAGGGAACUUUCAAGCUGUGCUAUGGAUGUAAGCAACCAGUGAGCGAUGCCGACAUGGAAGCCCCAGAAUGGGAGCAUGGAGUUUCUUGUCCACACUGUUAUUCAUUGAAAUCCGAAGAAGAAAAGGAAAGAGCAAGAGCUCGACAGAGGCAGUUUGAAACUUGGGGCAUUAUUGGGGGUCCUGACAAGGGUCGCCAGCCAACAUCUAAACCAGACAGUAACGAGAACAACUCUAACAAGUAUUCAAGCUCAAUUUAGCGUGCAGGAAAGAUGAUAUUUCUACAAGAUAGAUGAUUUUUGAGGCUCUCUUCCAUUCUGUUAGGAACAUAUUAUUGUCUAAUUGGUUUUCUAGCCAAUAUUGUGUACUGGGAUGUCUGCAAUUUUCCUGAGGAAGCAUUUUUCCCAGUUCAAACUCUGGCUUUCAGUAUAAAUUUGGACAACAUUCCAUUUCCGUCUGAUGGCACACACUGAAUUCACUAUUAGAAGGGCAUAUUGGAUGUAUGUUCCCAUGAAAUCCUAUCUUCCAUUUCCAUUUAAUUGGUGCAAUUUAAUUUUACAAUGCAAAGACUAGAAUAAAAGUAGUAGGACUGACUAAAAGCUAGAGAUAGCAAACUGUUUCUUUUUUCCUAAAAAAAUAAAAAAUUGAAGUUAAAUAUUUAUAGGUUUGAGCCCAAUUGGCUUAUUUGUUAGAAAUUCUCAUGGGCCACCCAAAUAGAAGAAGAGCAGCUGGACUUGGACUGCGUUAUAUUUAAUUGAAUGAGAUGACCGAAGAAACUAUGUUCUUGAUUGAAUUUGGUGCUGAAAAGCAACUCUCUCUCUCGUUUGACCCCCCAACACUCCCCCCAAAAAAAAGGUUGCUCUCUUUAAUCUAAAGGUUCUUAGGGUUCUUAGAUUCAAUCGAAAAUGGCAGGCGAAAACGCUAUGUUCAAAUUUCUAAAGCCAAGGCUUCGUCCUCAACCCGCUGACGUUCAAGCCACCGCCUUCUGGGGCGUCGCCGCCGCCACCACUGCUCUUUGGCUCAUUCAGCCUUUUGGUUGGAUUAAGAAGACUUUUUUGGAGAAGGGAGAGACUGAAGGAAACUGAAUAGCGUUCAGAUUCUCUGGAUAGCCUUUUUGAGUUCUUUCAUCAGGUUGGCGAUGAGAAACAAUGAAACGGAGUUGAUAUGAAUAAAGUUGCUCCAUUUUUCUAGUCAAUUGUUGAGGCCUAAUUUGGCAUUUAAUUUCUGGAUUAAUUGAACUCCAUUGUCUGUGUUAUCUUAACUGUACUUUAGCUUUUGCAAAUCUCUUUCUCCGCCUGAUACCAACUUCCUUAAUCUAGCAAUUAAAUACAAGGAGAUGUUUGGUUUA